UGCACGUAGGUAAGUUCCCGAAGGACUCCCUUAGCUCCUCCCACUUUGCAGACAGCCCCUCCCAUUUAUCAGGAAGCCCCUCCCUCUCACCCUCCCCCAAAUUCCAGCCACUCCCUCUCUCAUAGAAUCUAUUAAGUGACAAAAAUUCAGGACAGAAAAUGGCGACGGCGGGGAGCCGUGCGUCGUCGUUAGGCGGAUUAUUAGACUCCAGUAGCGGCACAAACGUCGGGAACGGACUUCAGGGCAGUUCCAGCGGCUCCACACUUUCGAACAGCAGCGAGAAAGCGAAGAGAAAUGCCGGGGAGAGUUCGCAGUGGAGGCGGAAGGUGAGGAGUGUGGAUCUGGAUAAAUGCGAGAGCGGGACCGCAGCGCUGCACUUCCUCACGGUGUCCGGUCCCGGCUCGAUCCAGACCGCCUUACUGCAGCAGAGCCUCGCCGAGCCGCCGCUCGGACAGAAAACCAGCGAUAAUCCGUUCAAUAGUGCUCAGGAAUGGAUGAGGAGCUCUUUAAAGAGCAGCGAGAGUCCGAGCGCUGAACACGGAGGGGCUGCUGCGGACCUGAACGCUUCACACAACAGUCGGGACAUGGAGAGCAAGGAGACUCUGCGCGGGCUACAGAAGAUAGAGGACCGGCCAGAAGAGCGCUUGAUCCGAGAGAAGCUCAAGGCCACCUGUAUGCCCACCUGGAAGAGCGAGUGGCUGGAGAGGCGCAGCAGGAGAGGCCCGAUGGUAGUGAAGCCCAUUCCUCUGAGAGCAGACGGCACUGAGGCGGGAAGCGACAGUCACAGCUCAUCUUCCUCUCAAAGCAGAGGUCAUCGCAGCCCUUCGCCUGGACCUUCCUCUUCCUCCACUAAGACCACUGGGAAGCCUGAUUCUCCUGGUCUGCGCAGACGGAGAGGAUCCCCGGUGCCUAGCGGGAGGGUGACGCCCCCUCGGAGAGCUCCCUCCCCUGAUGGCUUUUCCCCAUAUAGUCCAGAGGAGACCAACCGCAGGGUCAGCAAGGUCAUGAGAGCCCGUCUCUACCUGCUGCAGCAGAUAGGACCUAACUCGUUCUUGAUUGGCGGAGACAGUCCUGACAACAAAUUCCGGGUGUUCAUUGGUCCACAGACGUGUAGCUGUGGCCGAGGGACGUUCUGCAUCCACGUGCUCUUCGUCAUGCUCAGAGUCUUCCAGCUGGAGCCGUCGGACCCUCUGCUGUGGAGGAAGACCCUCAAGAACUUUGAGGUGGAGAGCUUGUUUCAGAAGUACCACAAUCGCCGCAGCUCACGCAUCAAAGCUCCCUCACGCAGCACCAUCCAGAAGUUUGUGUCUCGCAUGUCCAGCUCUCACACGACAUGUACCUCCAGCGCCUCCCCAUCCAGCAACGAAAGCAGCAUGAAGGAUGAGGAGGAGCAGAUGUGCCCUAUCUGUCUGUUGGACAUGCUAGAUGAGGAAAGUCUGACGGUGUGUGAAGAGGGCUGCAGAAACAAACUCCACCAUCACUGCAUGUCUAUAUGGGCCGAGGAGUGCCGGAGAAAUCACGAUCCGUUAAUCUGCCCUCUGUGUAGAGCCAAGUGGAAGUCUCAUGAUUUUUACAGUUAUGAAGCACCAUCUACAGUGGAAAACACAACAAACCGCUCUCAGAGUCAAACAGCUGCUUCUUCUUCAACGUCUUCAUCUCUUCGUACUGAGAGCUCGAGAACGGGGCAGGAGGGCGACUUCUCUCUCCCACAGUAUGGAGUACAGCACAUCCCACAGACAUACACAGAGCUCGCCGAACCCUGGAUCAAGGUGUUUGGUUUGGAGCUGGUAGGCUGUCUCUUUUCCCGAAACUGGAACAUCAGAGAAAUGGCUCUCCGGCGGCUGUCACAUGACGUGAGCGGAGCUCUCCUGUUGGCCGGGGCGGGUGCAGGGGUGGGGCUUGGGACAGCAGCAGGGGAGGUGUCUGGAGACGUGGUGGUGGAGUCCUGCUGUAGCGUGCUCUCCAUGGUCUGCGCUGACCCCGUCUACAAAGUCUAUGUGGCAGCACUGAAAACCCUGCGAGCGAUGCUGGUCUACACCCCCUGUCACUCGGUGUCAGAGCGGACGCGAUUACAGCAGCUGCUGCGGCCCGUGGUGGAGACCAUCCUGGUCAAGUGUGCAGACGCUAACAGUCGCACCAGUCAGCUGUCCGUCUCCACUCUGCUGGAGCUGUGCAAAGGUCAAAUGGGGGAACUCGCUGUGGGAAGAGAAAUCCUCAAAGCAGGCUCUAUUGGUAUUGGUGGAGUUGACUAUGUCCUGAACUGUAUCUUGGGCUCUAAAACAGAGGCCAAUAACUGGCAAGCACUGCUGGGUCGACUGUGUCUGAUCGACAGGCUCUUACUGGAGUUUCCUGCUGAAUUCUACCCUCAUAUUGUGUCAGGUGGAGACUGUAACCAGGCCCAAAACGUUGUGGAGAGGUAUCAGAAGCUGCUGCCUCUUCUGAGUUUCGCACUGCAGUCCAUCGAUAACUCUCACUCCAUGGUGGGUAAACUCUCUCGCCGUGUCUUCCUGAGCGCUGCUCGUAUGGUAGCGCGUGUGCCUCAUGUCUUCGUUAAGCUCCUGGACAUGCUCAACAUCACCAGCUCCACUCACUAUUCCCGGAUGCGCCGGCGUCUCCUGGCCAUCGCUGAGGAGAUGGACAUCCUGGACGCCAUCCAUCUGGGACUAGACGACCUAAAGGCCCACAGUUCGCAUUCCAGCGCUUUCCUCGAACCCUCAGCCCCCCAUAACUCCCCAUGCGCCACCGAAAGAAACUCUCCCACCCCUGAUCUACAGCAGCCCACCGCCAAGGUGGCGCUUUCAGGUCAAGCCAGUUCAGCUCCUAUGGACGAUAUAACCGAGAGACUCUCAAACGUCGUCACAAGCCCUGCUGAGUUUCCAAAGCCCCCCGUUCAGGCCCGAAACAGACCCGUGAGUCAGUGUUUGAACUCCCCAUCAUCCAGUCAACCCCCGAGCCUUCCUUCUCUGUCCAUGGCCAACGCCUCAGCCUUCCCUCCAGAAAACCCCAAAGCCCUGCCGCAGAGUUUUAUGCCCAACAAGCUCGCCCAGUCCUCACUGAGUACCCAGUGUAAGUUGCCUCUGCAGAAGGGACUAAACUGUAAGGAGCCAGAGAAGCUGCCUUCGCCCGUGUUUACCCAAGCUCGACCACUGAGUCAGAUCCACUGGCCCAGACCCACUCGCCCCUCUCCCGCUGCCUCAUCCGAAGGAGCUAAAGCUUUAAGCCCAGGGACAAAGAGCAGCAUGAAACUGGACCUUCAGGAGGUCAGGUCCAGAGACGGCGCGGUCUGCAGCGGCGGAUCCGCUCUCAUCCCCAGCAAGGACUCGGUCUUCACCCCAGUGGAGGAGAAAGUCCACGGUCUGGACGCCUCGGCUGAUCUCAGCUCCAGCAUGGAGGACCUGUUGGAAACCUCCAUCCCCGCGGCAGACUGCACGGUCACCUUCCAGUCCGAAGUGGCGGUGCUGUCACCGGAGCAGGCGAACACGAGCGACGACACGUACAGCGAGGACGUGACCCAGAACCAGAAGUGCAAGGAGAAGAUGGAAGCUGAGGAAGAGGAGGCGCUGGCGGUGGUCAUGGCCAUGUCUGAGUCGCAAGACGCCCUACCUGUCAUCCCGCAGUUACAGGUGGAGAAAGGAGAGGACGUGAUCAUUAUUCAGGUGGAUACACCAGAGACUCUGCCUGGUCAUACCAAAGCAAAGCAGCCAUACAGGGAGGGCAUGGAAUGGCUCAAAGGUCAGCAGAUUGGCCUGGGUGCCUUUUCGUCAUGUUACCAGGCUCAGGAUGUGGACUCCGGCACUCUGAUGGCUGUCAAACAGGUGACGUAUGUGAGGAACACCUCCUCAGAGCAGGAAGAGGUGGUGGAGGCACUACGAGAGGAGAUUCGCAUGAUGGGUCUCCUCAACCACCCCAACAUCAUCCGAAUGCUUGGGGCAACCUGUGAGAAGAACAACUACAACCUUUUUGUGGAGUGGAUGGCAGGUGGCUCUGUGUCUCAUCUCUUAAAUAAGUAUGGUGCCUUUAAAGAGGGUGUGAUCAUCAACUACACCGAGCAGCUCCUACGAGGUCUCUCCUACCUCCACGAGAACCAGAUCAUCCACCGUGACGUCAAAGGUGCCAAUCUACUUAUUGACAGCACAGGCCAGAGGUUGCGGAUAGCUGAUUUUGGGGCAGCGGCACGGCUGGCUUCAAAAGGCACCGGUGCGGGAGAGUUUCAGGGUCAGCUCCUGGGAACCAUUGCCUUCAUGGCUCCUGAGGUGCUGAGAGGACAGCAGUACGGUCGCAGCUGUGAUGUCUGGAGUGUGGGAUGUGCUAUUAUAGAGAUGUCGUGUGCGAAGCCGCCCUGGAAUGCCGAGAAACACUCCAACCACCUGGCACUCAUUUUCAAGAUCGCCAGCACCACCACAGCGCCCAGUAUCCCACCGCACCUGUCUCCAGGCCUGCGGGAUGUCACGCUGCGCUGCCUGGAGCUCCAGCCCUCCGACCGACCGGCCUCCAGAGAGCUGCUGAAGCAUCCCGUCUUCCGCCACAGCUGGUAGACUACUGAAGAUACUGUGCCUCAUACUGCUGUCGUGUGCUCCUACUGCCUAGAGUUCUUCUGUCUUUCUCUUGCCACAGUCACUCAACAGGGCCCUGAAUGCUGUAGCCUCAACACCUGAUGCAUAGUGUCUGGAUAGAGUCUUUAGUAAUAGAGAGGCUGAGAUCAGUUCCACACAUUUGGUUCGGUCCGUGCAUGUUUUACACCAUGAAUGUGGUUUGGUGAAAGACAAAUCUUUGCUAGUUGAACUAGUAAAGCACCGCUGAAUGUGAAUGCUUAUGAUGCCGGUAUGGUUCGCAUUUCAUUUCACUUCUGAAUGGAGAUCAUGUGUAUAAAUAUCUGGUUUUACUUGUUUUAGCUUAAUGGGUGUAAUCGGGAACCUUUUCAAAGCUAUGACCCGAUUUUAGACUGUGAUGUGUGUCUGUAACUCUUAUACUUUACUUGUUGGAAAGUCUCACUGGAACAUCAUUUCUGAUCUCCAACUCCAUUUCAGUUUUUUAUGUUGUGAUUUGACUCAUGAUUCGGUUGUAAUUUCAGCUGUUGAUUACUCGGCCAUGUUUUUGGUGCUGUUCUGUUCACGUUCGUGAAAAUCCGACAGGCGUUUUGUAAAUGAUUAAGCUUCGCAAAAGAGUAUUCAGCACCUGUAACUGAAUAUUUCCUCAUGUGUUAUCUACUCUAUUGCAAGCUGUUGAACGUUUCGGUGGAGGGAUCAUAUUUAGCUAAUGACUUUAGUGCUCGUAAGCAUCGUUUUCCCAAAAACAAUGAACAUUGUGCAUGUUCUGAAGACGUGUCAGGUGUAUGAACUGUAGCUCUUUUUUAAAAAUGUUAACAUUAUUUGGACUCCCUUCACACAAAUCUCAGAGUUUUAAACGUGACCAUUUCAAAACUAUUUUUAAAAGUAAAGUUAUUUAAUGCUAGAUUGUGGAAUACAGGCUGAUCAAGCUUGAGUUCAGAUGUAAAUAUGAAUUUUGGUAGCUAAAUGCAUUUUACUUGACUCCUGCAAUGUUUGUUUGUUUUUUUUAAACCACUUUUGCAUUUGGGUGUAUUUUCUUUUUUCUUUUUCUAUGCCUUCAUAAAAGCUUUAAAGUUAUGCACUCUUGUCUUUUUAAAUACUGGAAAGGUGUCUGUUUCAGUCCGCUUGAUAAAAUCUAAUCAGUAUUACUUGAGUUUUUCACAUCUUCUGUCAUUUCUCUUCAGUUCUCAUCAUCUCGACCAGCUUGUUGCUCACUGUAUGUUAUUACUCUGUUAUUUCAUGGGCUUUUUUUGAUGGGGGCUGAACUGAACUGUAUGAAAUGAUGCUGUUUCUUGUCACUUGGUGGUACUUUUUAUGUGAAGAUUGUCUAUUGCUGUUUUAUUCCAGUCUUUUCUACCUCAGGUGUCCUCUAGAGUUUUCUUCUACCAAAGUUCACUUUCUCAAUAUAUAUAAAUAAUUAUAUAUAUAUAAAUAUAUAUUCUUUUAUUAUAAUUUUAUAUCUCUCUCUCUCUCUCUCUUUUCCUCUAAGAUCUCCAGGGCUUAAGGGCUAACUUAUAUUAGCUCCUUUUAUUGUGCAAAUAAAUCUCUGGGUUCAGCGAAAGAAAAUGUAAUUGGCUAAAGCUGUAUCUUUUAAUCUUGUGUAGCUUUUGUCAAAAAUCUUUUAAUUACUAGGUUUUUACCCCAUUUGAAGCAUUUUAUAAUGAAAUCUACCUAUUUUUGGUCUUUAUAGCAAAUAAAACGUAUAGGAAAA